CAAAUGGCUCAUCUUCGCAUCCAUCAAAGCGAGAGGCAUCGGUAAACAGAUUGAUUGGAUCGACCGUCCGUCCCGCAACUUGACGUGCGUAAACGACGGCGCGGUCCGGGGCUUAUUGAGCCUGCGCUGAGAGAAAAGAGGAGGUUCCUGAAGAGAGUCCUUUUAUUUAUUUCUUUGUUUUCAGCGGAAAAAAAUAAUAAUAACAGCGACAUAAACCACGGGCAUUUCAUUUGUUAUAAUUUGUCCGUUCACGCAAGAAAGCUGGAUAAGGUUACGGUGGGUAUUCGAAGGCCCAAGCGAAGGGGAGGAGGAUGAAGCGGCGCAAUGCGGACUGCAGCAAACUCAGACGGCCGUUAAAACGGAACCGAAUCACCGAGGGUAUAUACGGCAGUACCUUCCUGUACCUGAAGUUUUUGGUGGUGUGGGCACUGGUGCUGCUGGCAGACUUUGUGCUGGAGUUCAGGUUUGAGUACCUCUGGCCAUUCUGGCUGUUCAUCCGGAGUGUGUACGACUCCUUCAGAUACCAGGGGCUGGCCUUCUCAGUGUUCUUUGUGUGUGUGGCGUUUACCUCUGAUAUCAUAUGCCUGCUCUUCAUUCCGGUUCAAUGGCUGUUCUUUGCUGCCAGUACCUAUGUGUGGGUGCAGUAUGUCUGGCACACCGAGAGAGGGGUCUGUCUGCCCACAGUCUCUCUAUGGAUACUCUUUGUGUAUAUAGAGGCAGCCAUCAGAUUCAAAGACCUGAAGAAUUUCCAUGUGGAUUUGUGUCGCCCUUUUGCUGCACACUGCAUCGGCUACCCAGUGGUCACACUUGGCUUUGGCUUCAAGAGCUAUGUCAGCUAUAAAAUGCGCCUCCGCAAGCAGAAGGAGGUGCAAAAGGAGAACGAGUUCUACAUGCAGCUCUUGCAGCAGGCUCUACCCCCAGAGCAGCAGAUGCUGCAGAGGCAGGAGAGGGAGGCAGAGGAAGCAGCAGCAGCAGCUGCUAAAGGAAUAUCAGAGGUGGAUGCACCCCCAGUCUCACAGAAUGGUGCUCCGGCCAGUAAAAAGACCUCAUCACCGCUGCCAGAGCUGGAGUACAGAGAAAAAGGGAAAGAGGGCCGCGGUGGCACGGGGGAAGGUAAAAAGCAGCACAACAGCAGUAGCAGUAGUAUCCUGCCAUCAGCGAUGGACUCUAAACUCCAGGAGAUGGAGUACAUGGAGAACCAUAUGAACAACAAGAGACUGACCACAGAGCUGGGCAGCACAGAGAACCUGCUGCUCAAAGAGGACAACAACUCCUCCUGCUCCUCCUCCUCUUCAUCUUCCUCUUCCUCCAAAAACUACAAGAACGCCAGCAGCAAUGCUACAGCGGUCAACUCCUCACCUCGCGGCCACAGUGCCACCAAUGGCAGCGUGCCCUCCUCUGCACCCACAUCAUCCUCCUCCUCGGGGAAGAAUGAGAAGAAGCAAAAGUUAGCAGCGGGGAAGGGAAUGUCAGGUGGCUCCCACAGGGAUCCAACAGAUAACUGUAUCCCCAAUAAUCAGCUGAGCAAGCCAGAAGCACUUGUUAGGCUGGAACAAGAUGUUAAGAAACUGAAGGCAGACCUGCAGGCCAGCCGGCAGGUCGAACAGGACCUGCGCAGUCAGAUUGGGUCAUUGGGUAGCACCGAGCGCUCAAUCCGCUCUGAGCUGGGCCAGCUGCGCCAGGAAAAUGAGCUGCUACAGAACAAGCUCCAUAAUGCUGUGCAGGCCAAGCAGAAGGACAAGCAGGCAGUGGGCCAGCUGGAGAAAAGACUGAAGGCCGAGCAAGAGGCGCGCGCCACAGCUGAAAAGCAACUUGCAGAAGAAAAGAAGCGCAAGAAAUUAGAGGAGGCUACAGCAGCCAGAGCCGUAGCGCUGGCAGCAGCAUCCAGAGGGGAGUGCACAGACACGCUGAGGAGACGCAUUACUGAUUUAGAAUCAGAAUGUAAAAAACUUACUAUGGAUAUUAAACUCAAGGAGGACCAGAUCCGAGAGCUUGAGAUGAAAGUGCAGGAGCUCCAUAAAUAUAAAGAGAAUGAAAAGGACACCGAGGUGCUGAUGUCAGCACUGUCGGCCAUGCAGGAUAAAACCCAGCACCUGGAAAACAGCCUGAGUGCAGAGACCAGGAUCAAACUGGACCUCUUCUCAGCGCUGGGAGAUGCCAAGAGGCAACUGGAGAUUGCACAAGGUCAAAUCCUGCAGAAGGACCAGGAGAUAAAAGACCUGAAGCAGAAGAUAGCCGAGGUGAUGGCCGUCAUGCCCAGCAUCUCCUACACAGCUGACACCAGCAGCAUGACCCCUGUGGCCCCCCACUACUCCUCAAAGUUCAUGGACACCAACCCCUCCGGCUUGGACCCCAACGCCUCCGUCUACCAGCCUCUUAAAAAGUGAACGCUUCUUCCCACUCCCUUCCCUCCAUCCAUCCUCAUUGAAAGUUUUUUUGCAGGCCCAUCACCCACCCAACCCGAUCUGCUCAGCAUGUCUGCGGCUGAGAACAUUGUUUUUCUUCAGUUUUUUUUUCCUCUUGCCAGGUCAGAAGGAUGUUGUAUUGUGUGACUGUAUUUGUUGUAGUUAAAACAAAAGACAAAAAAAAAAAAAAAAAAAAAAACUUUUAAGGCGCAUCACGUGUCAACUAGGAAAUCCCAUUUUUUUCUCUUGUGUCUAGUGAAACCUCACAGAAUCGGGCAUGUAUCUUAUUCAAGGGUGUUCCAGUCCCCCCCUCCCUGCCAGUAAUUCAGCCAGCUACAGCCAGUUACUUGCUCUUUAGCCUUGGGGAAUGGCUGACUUGCUUUUUGCCUAGGUUGUUAUUUUUUCCCUCCUAAAGUUGAAACAGUUCUCAUUACUCCACCAGAAGGUCUGACAGAUCUUAUUAUAUUUUCUUCCCAAGGUAGGAUAUUAACACCUGUGCAACCAGAGGAAUGUAGUGCAAGGUUGGCACUGGCUCUCGCCCUGUUUUUUUACAUUUACUUUAAUCCAGAAUCCAAGACCAAAUUGAAUCUGCUCUCAGCUAUUCCUGGGUUUUGUGGUAGAUGGUUGGUUUUGCCUUUUGAAAGCGUAUUGUAUGGUCUUUUAUGUUCACUCCUCAGAUGCAAGUGUUGAUUUUAUCACAGCAAUCUGGAAAAGAACUUGCAGCAUAAAACAGAAGUAUGGACUUUCGGAUUUAGUGAAAGUGUCAGUGAACAAACCCAAACCCCACCAGUGAUUCUACAUUGUUGAGAAAGCGGUAUUGUCCCCCCCCUGUAUUUUCCUCAUUUCUUGUCCAAAAAAAAAAGUUCUUCAGCUGAAGAAAGACUACAAGAAGACGUAUAAAGUAAUGCCAUCUCAAAAUUCUGCAUUGUCUUUCACCAAUAGUCAUAAUCACAGUGCCUUGAAACAGGACAUGAUUAGGGGUUUUGAUGAGGAGAUAUGGCUCAGCACUGGCCCCAGCUACUCUAAAUUGGAUGUCAAGCAUAUGCACAAGCUGGAAAGGAUAAUAAUUUGACUGUACUGAAUGGAUUGGAUCAGCUCCCCUUGUCUGCUGAUCCGGUCUCCGAUAUUCCCACUGAAGUCCCUUUAUGAUGGUUAAAGGAUAAUUCCAUUUUGUUGCAACCUAGGUCCUAUUUUUGUGGCCUUUGAAAUUUAACUUAUCAGUUAUGAUAUAGUUUUACUCACCAGCUUCAUUUGGGAGAUUUUGGACAUGGGACCACUGCUUCAUAGCUUUACAACGGCCUCAUACGGGGAUACUGAAUACACACCUUAAACCUGUCCUUUCAAUAACAACAAAAACACUUGUGUCCCAGUUAGACUGUGCUCAUGAUUUCCCAUUAUUUAGAUAUGACUUCUCAGUUGCACUGGCUAUGUAGUUAUUCAAUGAGUACUACAACCUAUGGUAAGUAUAAUCUGAUCAUUACUGCUAGCUGACCCAGUAAAUAACUCAUUAAUGAUAUUCAAGGCUCAGCGUUUUCGGUUUUUACCGAUUUUCACCGAAAAAUACCCGGAUUUUUUAAAAGGAGCAGAUCGGUUUAAACACCGAUAAAUUCACGGAUUUUUAAACUUUUUUUUUUUUAAUUAAAAACCGAAAACGCUGAGCCUUGAUAAUAUUGGACAUUUUGGGUAUAAUAACUUGGCACUUCCGGCGGCACAGUGGCCCAAUGGUUAGCACUGUUGCCUCACAGCAAGAAGGUCCUGGGUUCGAACCCCACGCCAUCCCAGGUCCUUUCUGUAUGGAGUUUCUUCCCAUGUCUGCGUGGGUCUUCUCCAGGUGCUUUGGUUUCCUCCCACCAAUAACCCCCCCCCCCCCCAAAAAAAGCAUGCAUGUUAGGGUUAAUACUCCGGUCUGUGCCCCUGACCAAGGCAAGGGAAAGAAGAACUGGAUUUGGUCUCCGGAUGCUGCAGCUGCCCACUGCUCCUAUACAAUAGGAUGGGUUAAAUGCAGAGAACACAUUCAUCAUAAGAAUACAAUUCGUUGUAAGAAUACAAUAUUAAAUAAAGUGGCUUUCAUUUAUUAAUUUUCACUUCCAAAUUUGUGGUUUGGAUAAUUGGGUUAAAUUGUAUUUGCUGAAACUAAUACUUGUGCCCCAUAAGACGCUGUUGUAAUGCUAUGUCCAGCAUGAAGCUGGUGAGUGAAAUAUAACUGAUGUGCAUAAUAAGGAAAGACACGGAAUUAUCCUUUAAAGUCAGGAAAGGCCUAUGGGAGAAGCUGUGCCCUAGUCAGCCACAUAAAGCCCCCCCCCCCACCAGAUUCACCAGCUCUCAUAAGUAGAUAUGUCUGGCGUCAACAUAUAACAAGAUGCAGUGAUUUUUGUUUGUCCUAUCCAGCCUGGUCACUCCCUGACUGCCGGUCAGCAGCUUUUACAGUACAUUGACAUGAUGUAAGUCACCACAAAGUCUACUGCACACAGGUCUCAAACUCUCCACAUGGCCCCUUGCCCACAGCCCUCAUGAAGCACCUCUCAACUGCUGUCAACCUCCGCUCCCUUGGUUUAGCUACUCUCCUCUCUCACGUUUUUAAUUUCCAACUUGUUUGCACUGUAAAACACUGUGUGAAAGGGAAAAAAAGAUGUAAAGAUGGACUUAAAAAGUGCAAUGUAAACGUGUAUACAAGGAGGGACAAAAAAUGCUUUAGAUAUGCCAAAUGAGAGAAAUUGUUCAAUAUUGCGGUUAAAAAAUAUUGUUUUUAAUGGAUAUUCAACUUCAGUCCUUGUGCCAAGAACAGAAUGCUUGUUUUCUAGUAAUAUGUGCUGUCCCCGAGAAUGUACUGCAAAUAUAUUGGCUGACGUGUUUGUCAAACAUCCUCUUGAAUAUCACUUAAUUGACAUUAUAUCAAGCAGGUGGAGAAAUCGAGUCACCUGUUUGUAGUAGACUGUAUACUUAAGUGAAAGUAAGGGACUAAGAAAUUACAGUUCCUUUUUGUGAAUGUUACAGUAUUUGCAACUAUCUGGGAUUUGGGUAUUCAGAGUAGUCUGCUCUUCUUCCUCCUCCUGGUAUUGUCAUGUCUUGCAGGGGGAAACUGUUGGGAGUCCAAUGUGGUUUCGCCGUCAUCCAAAAUGGUCAUUUUGUGCGUGUGGUUCUUCACCUACUGUAUACGGAGAAGCUUUUUCUUUCCCCGCUCAUAUUGCUACGUCAUUGGCUCCUGAAAAAUAUUGUUACAGCCAGAUGAGUCAGUUGAUCUGCCAACUGAUGUAUGCUGAAAGUCUUGGAAAGGUGUUUUGUUUUUGUUUUUUUUGUUUGUUUGUUUUCUAUGCCCACAAGUCACUGCUAUUGUUUCUCCCCAGGUCUGACCUUGGCUGCGCUCUCGCUCUCUGUGAGGUUUACAAGGAAUAAAAAAAAAACAUUUCU